GACUAUAGAACCAGGCAGGGAAUUUUAGUUUGCACCUCAUAGACUGAAUUUCAGCGCCAUAUGCUAAUGUAAAACUCUUUGUAGCACAGGAUCAGAAGCACACAGUCCUGCCUGUGCACAUUUGAGAGGAAAUGUUCUGUGUUUCUGCUCAGAUAUGCUGUCGUAAUUGGAAAUAAAUAUGUGUUCUUUGACAAGUCAUGAAUCAAAAGCAUUUUACGUAUGGAUGGCUUUUUCCUCUUGAUAAUUUUGAAUGCAUUUAUGUUGCAGUGCUUUUCCUUUGCUGUUUUCUCUGGACCAGUUCAUUGCAUAUAAACAUGAGAAAGAUCCUAUGGGCUUAGACCAGCCGUCCUUCUGUCUGCCUGUGACAAGCUGUGGGACGAGGCUGGUAGUGAGGGCCUUCAACUGGUUGCUCUGAGACAUACUGGUUACACUGCAGCACACCUGAAUUCUUACGGAGAAGAGUGGGGGUUCCAGAGGUAAUAGGAGCUAACAAGGAAACACCAGUGAAAUACCUCAAAAGAAUUAAGGAGUGGUCUUCUAAGAGGAUGAUACAGCUGACAGCCCAGCUGAAGUGCCUGUACACCAGUGCACGCAGUAUGGGCAACAAACAGGAGGAGUCAUCAUGCUGCUAGAAAACUAUGACCUAAUUGCCAUUACUGAAACUUGGUGGGAUGAAUCUCAUGACUGAGGUGCAUCUAUUGAUGGCUACAGGCUGUGCAGAAGGGACAGGCAAGGGUGGAGGCAUUGACCUCUACAUCAAGAAAUGGAUAGACUGUGAAAGGCUGUCUCUGCAGAAUAGCUAUGAGCAGGUCGAAAGCUUAUGGGUAAGAGUCAGAGACCAAAGCAGAAAAGGAAUCUUGCGGUUGUCUACUACAGGCUACCUGAUGAGAGGGUGACUAUUGAUGAAGCUUUUUUCGCUGGUUACAGGAGGCAUUGGGCUUGCAGGUUUUCAUCUUUAUGGGGAACUUCAACCACCCCAACAUGGAAAAUUAGCAUGGACAGUUGCAGGCAAUGCAGGAGACUCUUGGAAUGCAUUGAGGAUAACUUCUUAAGCUAGAUAAUAGACAGUCCUACCAAAGAGGAUAUAAUACUGCACCUUUUGGUCACCAACACAAGUGAGCAAAAUGGUGACAUCAAGACUGGAGACAGCCUGGGCUGCAUUGACCAUGCCCUGGUGGAGUUUGCAGUCCUGAGGGAUAUGGGGUAGGCAAAAAGUAAAGUCAGGACCCUGAAUUUUAGGAAUGCAAAAUUCCAGGUCUUCAAUAAGUUAGUCAAUACGAUGCCCUGAGAAGCUGCCUUCAGGGCAGCAGCACAGAGCUGGAAGACCUUUAAGGAUGUUUACCAUAGAGUGCAAGACCUAUUAAUCACCACAUGUAAGAAAAUGGGAAAAGGAGGUAGGAGACAGGCAUGGCUAAGUGGAUACUUGCUACUCAAUAUAAAAGGCAGAAAUAAAUGCACAGGCAGUAGAAGCACAGAUGAGUAUCCUGGGAACAGUAUAGGGACUCUGCCUGGUUGUGAAGGGAUGGUGUUAAGAAGGCCAUGGAACAACUGGAGCUGGACUUGGCAAGGGAUUAAAAGAAUAACAAGAGGGGCUGCUACAGGUAUGUCAGCCAGAAAUGGAAGAUCAAAGAGAGCAUACUCCCCCCGAUUAAUAGGACUGGCAAACUGGCAAAAGCAGAUGAGGAGAAGGCUGAGAUACUUAACUUUUUUACCUCAGUCUUCUCUGGCAACCUCUCUUCCCACAGCUCUUGUAUGGAGGGACCUCAAGAAAGGGACUGUGGAAGCAAAAUCCCUCCCACUGUGCCUGGGAAUAUCAUGAAAUAGAUCCUCCUAGGAGUCAUGCUAAGGCACAUGGAUGACAGAGACAUGAUUCAAGACAGCUAGCAUGACUUCACCAAGAGCAAGUCCUGCCUGACCAGCCAAAUGGUGUUCUAUGAUGGAGUAACUACAUCAGUGGACAAGGGAAAAGCUGUGGACAUCAUGUAUCUGGACUUCUAUGCAAAAUGAAAACAUCAUGUUCUAAGUGUUUUUUCAACCAAACUUGGAAAUAAAGAAUCUCAGUUUCUGCAGAUCUGUGGGCUAAGGCAUUUACUAUGGCACGUGUUACAGUCAUUCCUGUCAUGCUGAUAUUCAGUUUUUUCCAGCGUAAGAUGCUAUUUUCCACUAGCCUGGCAAGUGGACAACCAGAUGUAGAAGAUGCUCUCAGGUUACUUAAUGUUCUGUGGAUUACCAAGCAUGAGUCGAGUGUUAUUCUGUCCUGGAACAACAACCUGACGAAAGAAGAAACUGAGCAGUACAGUGUGAAGUACAUUUUGAGUUAUAAAUUCUUCAACACCACUCACGAAAGGAAAGAAAGACUUCAGGAGAAGAAAAAGAUAAUACGUCUUAAUUUACAUUCUGGUUUUAAUGCUAAAGUUAAAACACAACUUUUUGCAAAAGAAACAGAAAACGUAAUUAAGGAGAGUGGCUGGACAAAAUUUACUUACAAGGCACCUCCAGUAUAUAUUCAAAAUCUCUCAUGCAUCAUAUAUAACAUUUCUUUUUUCAAUUGUACCUGGUAUAUUAAAGCAGAAGCUCCUGAAGAUAUCCAGAUCUUUUUUUCAUAUAGACAUGUAGGAAAAGAUUUUGAAUGCCAGCAAUAUAUAAAAAGUACAGGAAAUGAAAACAUUGGAUGCCAUAUGAAAGAAAUAUUUUUCCAACCAUCAAGAAAGAUCAAUUUAAACGUAACUGUAAGACAUCUAAGAAAUAACUCAAGAAGACUGUCUUACUACAAAGCUUUUAUACCUCAGACAAUAGAGAAACUGAACCCACCAAUGAAUGUCUCUUUUUCCCUUGAAAAUGGAAGUGUUAAAAUUCACUGGAAACCCCCACCUACUAUUGGUUCUGCAAGUAGCAAGUGCUUUUUGUAUCAAGUGAAAAUAACAGAUAGAAAGAUUGUAGAUGUCACUGCAGAGAAAUAUGAGUAUCCACUUCAUAAGCCGGCGAAAAAAUGUGCGGCACAAGUGAGGGUAAAGAAAGAGGUGUGCAUAAGGAACAAGAUUUGGAGUGAAUGGAGUGAGCCAGUAUUUAUUUAUGAUGAAAAAACAGUGGAUAUCAUGCUGCUAUGCCUCACAUCAUUUUGUCCUCUCAUUUUCCUUGGAGGUCUGCUGAUAUUUAUAUAUAUAAGGCAUAGAUGCCUGGAGGUUAUAACCAUGCCUGUUCCACAUCCUUCAGAUAAUAUCAGAACUUGGUUAGCUGCAAAUGAAGCCAGCCACCAGAAACAGCCGUCAAUGCAAAAGGCGAUGCACUCAGAAGUUAUCAUGGAAAUACUAGAAGAGAACAGGGAUGAGAACAUUCAACAGCAGAGAUGUUUGAAGCUGCCUGCAUUAGAUGACCUGUAGGGACAAUACAUUUUUUUUAUCUGCGUGCAAGAGUUACCUUUCUGUGAAGUGGACAAUAUUCUGACAGACUGUAGAACAGCUGAUACUGGAGUUUGUCUGAGUGCAAUAAUUUUAAAUAUUUUGAGUUUUGUCAUUGUGCAAGUCUUAAAAUGAGCUUUGGAUCACAAAGGCAAAGCUUUACCUUGCAGUUUGUCUUUAACUGCUACAGAUCUUCAACCAGAAAAAGAAGUCGUCUGUGAAGAUGUGGUGGACUUGUUCCUUUGAUGUUAGUAAAACAAGAAAACUUGGGACAACACAAAGAAAACAAAGCUUUCAGCUGUACUGUGGCUGUCUAAAUAAGUAUAACUCAGAGAAGUUAAAGUUCAUAACUGACCACUAUUGCUAUUUAUUUUCCCCUGCCUUCUAUCCUUUUAAAAAACUUUUCUUUCCAUUUUCCUGAAGUGGUGAGCCAUGCCAGUUCAUUUUGCAGUACACAAACAGGGCAAAAUAUUUUAACUCUUAGUUGAGCUAGUAUUUAUUUAACUACAAGAGAAGGAAUAUAGGGCCUUGAUUUUGAAAAGACAACUUCUCUGUAGACUUUUAUUGUAGGCAGAAAAUAUAUAUAUCUAAUUUUCUGGAAGAUUUGGAAGCUACCUAGAAAGUUCUUGUUUUCAUUUCUGGUAAAAUUUUCAUGCUUACAAUAAUAUUAGUUAAUGAAAUAUUUAAUUACACCUGAUGUUACAACAUCUUUUGCAUUAUUAUAUUACUGUAGGGGACAAUAUAAAACUUUUGUUUGUGCUUUUUUGAAAUAUUCAGUUUAUAAUAUAUUUUUCUGUGCCGAGUUUUGGUUCACUUGAAUAAGCUUUUUUUUGAUAAAAUUUCUCCCUCACCAUGGUGGGUAUGACUAAGAAUAGCUAGUAGCAUCUCAAAAGGCGAAGCCGGAAAUGCCUGAAUGACAAAAGAACUAUUAUUGACUUUACUUGCCAUAAUCAAAUUCACGACCUCAGGAAAAAACAAUCAACUUUACUAGGCAGUGUUACCUUUCCUAUUGCAUUUUAUUUUUGACAGAAGGUUUGGAUGGCCUUACCUUUGAAUAUCAGUGCUCUUCCCCUUGUACUCCUCAGCCUGAUGACUAUGCAGAAUCUUCAGGAAGAAGGCAAAGGGUAGAUAUCAGGUACUGAAUCAUGUUUCAGUAAUGACAACUCCUGUAAUAUCUCCUUCUCUGUCUUGAGUGCAGAUGGGAAAACCAGCAAUCAACAUACUCAUUUUUCUCUUGGAUGCUCAGACACUGACUCUAUGUUUAUCCCAUCAACAGUGGUCCAGACAUGUUUUCUCAAUCCGGGAAGAAGAAUUACUACUUCAGUUAAAAAUCUUUACAGGAGGCAUUUAGAAAACAAGUGUCAUGAACUUGCAGACUCCUUUCUUGGUAAGGUUGCAGAAGCGUUAUGAUGAAAGAAUCAGAACAUAUGUGAGCUAAAGGGGUAGAGAUGCACCACACAUUGGCCAAACACAUCUGGAAAGCAGACUUCAUAUGGUGAAAUCAGGUCCCAAUAAGUAUUAUACCUUUCAUUAAAAUAUAUUUGAUAUACACAUAUUUUAUACGGUUUUGACUUGCAGCAUUUGAAGCUCACAAACAGUGACAGGAUUUAAAAGAAGACAGAGAACCUAUAGAUUAAAGUAAUUCUACUA